AUGUUAUUUUCACUUCCCUUGCAGGGUCAAAUUAAAACUUCUAUUGAAAGACAUGGAUUUACAGCAUUUAUUCAUUUGAUUUUUGGGCCUCCAAAACUACACAAGGAACUACUACCACGGAGAGAUAUAGUCUUUUGUAUUGCAGCCAGUUAGUAUUUUGUAAAAUUACCAGAUUACUUAUUUUUAUCUAACAACCCACCCCUACAACAUCAUAUUCAUUUUUGCCAGCCCCCAUGCCUCCCCUUUACCCCUGCUCUCUCUCCUAACAUCAAGACUCUUUCCCAAGCUUUUGUUUAUUUAUGUUUUGUGUGAUUAUUUGAAUAUGGUCAAUUUAUAAAUCAAUUUAUUAUCAAAACUCUCAAAAUUGUUGUUACCCGGUACCAGGUAUUAUUGUUUUUACAACAUGGCUGAUAGGAUUGUGCAUGUUCAGUGUUAUUUUAGGAAAAGAAUACAUGAGGACACAAUUCACUGACAAUGUGAUUAAUUCAUCUAGACUACAACCAAGAAGAUUUUUUUCAAAUAAAAGUUGCUUAAUAUUUAUACUUUAAGGUGCCAAGAAUGAUAGUCACCGUAUAUAAAUAAAGUUCUUUUACAAAUGCUAAUCAAUAUUUAUGUUUUGAAAUCUUGACUUAUAUAACUUAUUUUUCCCUUUGUAUUUUCCUCACCCCAAUUGUUUCAGAAACCAGUGGGGUGCUCAUCCUCCCUGGCUUAUCCCCAUUUUACUCUACCAUCAACACACUCACCACACCCACUUACCACCCAAUACCUUUUACCAUGCACCUUACACAGGCUCUUAUUAAUAACAAUUUAUGAAUGUGCAUCAUUUAAAAAAAAUUUCCACCCAAUAAAAGUAUCAAAAAAUACCUUCAGCAUCAAAGAUAAAUAAACUUUUUACAAAUAUUAUUUUAUUAUUGUUUCAGCUUCAUUUCAAAAUGAAAAUCCUAUUCACCAUCAAGUUUUGCAAGCAAUCUACCGUUGUUUAACAGGGUCAAAAUUUGAAUGUCAACGCUAUGGUAGCCACUGGGAAGAAAUUGGCUUUCAAGGUGAUCAUUUAUUGAUAUUCAAUGCUCACUUUUAUUAAUUUAUAUAGCUUAGUUUUAAAUAAAUUUGUACAUGUAUUAUGUUUAAACUGUAUAUAAAUAGAGGAUUUACCCUAGGAGUGUAACUGAUAACAAAAAUUUUCUUUUCAACUUAUUAUUUAAAACAGGGCUCAGCAACUUUUUUUCUCUUGCGCACAUCUAAACCCUUCUCAGAAAUCUGCGGCACACCCUAAGUAAAAAUCAUGCCAUAUAAUUGCUGUUAUUUAUUUGGUUAAUUAUUUUAUAAAUCAAAUCAAAUUUGCUAUCAUUCUUUUAGGCACUAUCCCUUUUCAUUUUAAUGACAACAGAUUAAAAAAAUUGUUUAUAUAAAAGAAGUUUUUGAUUGUAGAAGAAUCGCAUUGUGUAGUUGGAAAGUCCAGGCUGCUUUACAGUUUUGUCAUUCCUCAAUUCCAAAAAAAAAAUAUUUAAAUAAAGCUUCCCUGAGACGUUUUGGUGAUGAUAUACUAAAGUGCUCUGGUGUUUCAUUGCUUGCUCCUCAUUAACUGUAAAAACUAUUGGUCAAUUUUUACAUUUUUCUUAUUUAGAUUUUGAUCAAAGUCUGAUUACCCUUUUGAGUCUUUGUGUUAGUGGUCAAGUUGAUUUUUUGAUUCAUGACUUAUGAUUAUUGCUAUAACUUUUUUUUACUAAUGGUGAAUUUUCUGUCUGAGCUAGUUUAAUUUAUUGGAGAAUGUUAGUAAAUUCUUAUUCGGUCCUGCAUUUUGUUAAAUUUCAUAUCUAUUUUCAAACACGUUGAACCAAAGUCAUGUGUCCAAGAUUUGCUGCCUGUGUAUUAUCUUCAAGGAGCUGGUGUUGGUCAAACAUGUUUUAACUGAAAUAAUAUUGACUGAUUUCAUGGCAGAGCGAAAAAUAAUUGUACAAGAUUUUUGUUUAAUAAACAUUUUUCCAAUAUAUUUUUUUUCAAACAAUUAAGUAACUUGGUAACUAGUUACCAAAGCAAGACAUAUUGCUUUAUUGCAUCUGUAUAAGAUUUUGACUUGAAAUGCACAUAUUAUAUGAUACAUACCUGCAAAUGUUUGACAGCUGGGUAAUUAGCUAAACAAUGUCUCUUUUUCAUGAACAUUAUUUAUUCUAUUGAUGUGCAAACCAUAUACUCUGUGCUAUUUAGCUUAUGCCAUGGUGCACCUAGCAUCAUCUUGCAGUGCACCAAUGUGCUGCUUUAUUUCAGAAUGAGAAACAAAAUGGUGUAGAGAUGAUAAAAAUGGCAUAAAAUGAACACCUAAAAUUAUGAUGUAUAAGAAUAAUAAAAAAUUUAUGAUAUAAUUUAACUUAAAUAUUUUUAUAACAUCAUUUCACAUUACUGUACACGUAGCAUCCUCAACUUACGACCAAAUCGUGUUAUUGUCUUUCUUCAGGUUUUUCCCUACCCUGUAUAUAUUUUUUGCUAUUUAUAAUCAGCAGAGUUUAAGCAAUAAGAUACAUAAAUAAUAAAAUUUUCAUAAAACUGUUUGUAUUAAACAUUGAUCCUUAUAAAAUAUAAAGUGAUAAUUGAGUCUUUUUAUUUUUAAUUUUGUAUGAAUUAAUGGUUAUGAUUUUCUCAGGGUGUGAUCCUGCUACUGAUCUUAGAGGAGCUGGAAUGCUUGCUCUAUUGCAUAUUCUGUACUUUUUGAGGGAUCCUAAAACUAAAGAACUUGCUAGAGAAAUAUACAAGCUUUCCUUACAUCCUACUCAGGUAGAUAAUGUCAACCAUAAACAAAUAAAUACUGAUACAAAAAAAAAAAUGGUCAACUCAUGUGAAACGUGCCAAAGCGUCCUUGUUUUAUAGCCAUUUUAAUUGUUUCUAUAGUAUAGUAGUUACUAUCUUAGUGUCUCAUUUUUUUAAAUAUUUUUUUUAUUUUAUUUUACUUAGUUUACAUGUUUUUAAUAAUUGUAAAGCGCUUAGAGCUUUAAGGUAAGCGCUAUAUAAAAAUGCCUAAAUAAAUAAAUAAACCAGGGACAUCAUUUGAGUAGGGUAGGGUGGGACAUUGCCCCCCCCCCCCCCCCCAAUUUGCAGGUUUUAUUUUAAUUUCAAUGUACUGUGGCACCUCCAGUGAUAAAAAAACUUAACAAGCCAACAAAGUUUUGGUUUUUCUCCCCCCCCGCCCCCCAUCUGAAAAAACUGAAAUGAUGCCCUUGUCGGAAGCCAUAGGCAAAAGACAAAUGUGCUUUAAAAAAGCAUUAAAAAAAAAUAUGACAAGUCAUUCUCUUGUAUAUUUGAUAUUUCUGCAGAAUUUUCCUUUCUGUGUGAUGGGUAUCAAUUUGUCAAGAAUAUGUUUGCAAGUAUUACGAGAGGAAGUCUUUAAUAAGUAAGUUUCCAAAAUACAACUUAUCAAUAACUUUUCUUAUGGUCCAAGUAUUGUGUGAAUUAUUUUUCUUUCAUUUUCCAUUCUUAGGGAGUGCAACAAACAUAAAGAUGUGAUGGGGACAAUUAAUGAAGUAUAUGCAUCACUUUUUCUUUACCUCUACAACUUGUGGAAAAGAGGAAAAACGAUUGCAGAUUCUGGUUUUGUCCUACAAGGUUAG